CACAAGCAUCACAUCUGAGCUACAACAGUUAACAUCACAGGAGAAAAAUAGUACAGGAGCCAUCUGGUAACAUAUUCAACAACAGAUACAGCGAGAGACAGGACUGAACGAGUUAAAAAGGGGAAUCAAAGGCAACAAUCAACCAGACAACAUGAAGGUCUGCAUUGCAUUCAGUGUUGCUGUCCUGCUUUUCUGCUUUCACAGAACAAGCAGCAUUUCUUUGGCUAAAGCGGUGGAUUCACAACAAGUUUUAAGUUGGACAGAUCUUCAGAAUGACCACAGUGAUGUGAGUUCAAACUCAUUGGUAACGCUACUGCUCAGAGAGAAGAGAGACAGUCAUUUUCCCAUCUGCACUUACUGCUGCAAUUGCUGUAAAAACAAGAAAUGUGGCUUUUGCUGUCGCACCUGAAACACUCCCACAGGCAGUCUAAUAUCUGCUAGUUGACAAGUUAUUUGUUAACUUGACUCAAUCAAACGAUGCUGCUAUAGUUAUCAGAAUAUUUCUUUGUUUUACUUCCAUCAUUGACCAGCAUUACAAACUCUUAAACGUCAGUGUAAUAACUGCUUUUUUAGGCUCCUUUUCUUUUAGACUAAACAGGAAUGGUGGAGUUUUAUAUUAUUUGCUACCCUAAUUUUUUCAAGUUCUGUGGAAUCUCCAGAGCAGUCACUGUGGCAUAGAUUGUAGAUUGUAAAUAUUUUGGUUAUGUUUCUCUCUCAUAUUUGAACUCAUUAUGUUGUAAAUAACAUGCAUGUGUAUCAAACAUUAUGAAAUAAUAGGCCAGUUUUACAGCAUGAUUUCAGGGCAAUUGGGAGGUUGGCAUUAUGGUUAAGGUUUUUACCUUACCAAACACAAGGUGCAGGCUUUGAUUUUCACAUGGAAUAAUUGACUAGGCUUAAAAUGGUCACAAAGACAGUUAGCCUAGUACUAAUCUAUAAACCUAUAAACAAAGUAAGGCAUGUUUUGCAAAUAUAGAUCUUUGGCAUAUCAGAACUAUUCUGAUUGCUCACGUAUCCAUUUAUGACUCACAUAGGAAAGAAAACAUACAUGUAAACUCUCAGCCUUGUGGCAUUCUCUAGCUGAUGCCACUGGCUAAGUGUGGUCCACCAUAGUUAUAACUUCACUGCUGAAAAACAAAAAAAUGAUGGAUGUGCAGUUUUAUUGGCUAAGUGAUAUUCCCUGUAUUAGGAUCAUUUAACCGGUCCAAGAAGCCAUACCUGGCAACUGUUCCUGAAUUUGGCUCAUAUCAUUGUUCUUCACCUUGAAAUAAUUUUUGAUUUUCUGGUACAUUGCUGAAGAUUGCAGUCAGUCAUUAAUGCCAGUCAUUAGAGUUUCGUACUUCAUAUUUUUCAUAAAAUGCAUAAUGAUAAAAAACAUGUUGUACUAUUAACGUUUUAAGUGAGUUAAGAGUAACACUUACAUGUCCUUGGCUUGAACCUUGUCACUGCCCAGAAUUCUUUAGCAAAGAAUUUGAGAGGUAUGCAAGAUGCAGGUGGACUUUUCUGGAAUAAAAAUCCCAAUGAAAAGAUUAUAAAUUAAUAAUAAUAAUAAUAAAAAUAA